CCGCCGCAUCGGCGCCAUGCUCUACAAGCGCGCGAAGAAGUGGUCCAAGUCGGUGGAGCUGUCCAAGAAGGACAAGGUGUGGGACGAGGCCAUCGAGACGACGGCCGAGUCGGGCGACUCGGCCAUCGCCGAGGAGCUCAUCAACUUCUUCGUGGAGCAGAAGCUCAACACGUGCUUUGCCGCGGCGCUCUACACGUGCUACGCGCAGCUGCGGCCCGACGUCGUGAUGGAGCUCGCCUGGCGCAACAACCUGAACGACUUUGCGAUGCCCUUCAUGGUGCAGACUAUGCGCGAGAUCACGAAUAAGCUCGACACGCUGGUCGAGAAGGAGCGGAAGAAGGAGGAGGCGGCGGCGGAGGAGAAGAAGAAGGCGGAGGAGGCGCUCGGCGCGGGCGACCCCAACGCGAUGGUGGUGUACGGCGCGGGCAUGGGCGGCGGCAUGGGCGGCGGGAUGCCGCAGCAAAUGGGAGGGUACGGCGGCGGCGGCGGCUACGGGUAUUGAUGUGCACCGAAGCCCUCCGACCCAGCAGCAGCACCCACUUUGCGGGCCCAUAGGCUGUGGCCCGCGGCUCCGAGUGUCGUCGUCGGAACGCGCGAGUCUCGCGCACACUAGUUCAGGGAGUGUCUCUUUUUGAUGAUGCCUUUAUAUU